AUGGGGCCCCCGGGCAAUAGGGGACCAUGGGGCCCCUGUGUCCUUGCUCAAACUCAAAAAAGCCUAUGAAAAAGGUACCAGGGGCAUCUCAUGGGGCCCCCUACUGACCCCGGGCCCGAGUUUCCAAAUGAUAGACACGUAGUGCGGAUUGGACAGAGCUGUUCUUUCAUGAUGUGCCUUUGGCCAGGGGUGGACUGACAACUCAUGGGGCCACCGGGCAAUAGGGGAUCAUGGGACCCCUGUGUCCUUGCCCAAACUCAAAAAGCCUAUGAAAAAGGUACCAGGGGCAUCUCAUGGGGCCCCCUACUGACCCCGGGCCAUCGGGCAGUACCCGAGUUGCCAAAUGGUCAGUCCGCCCCUGCC